AUGAGGAUGGUGAUGGAGCUGAAGAUGUUAAUGGUGGAGCUGAUGUCAGUGAUGGAGGUGAGGAUGUUGAAAAAGAUGGCAACAGAGAUGAGGACAAUGCUCAAGUCAAGGAAUAUACUGGUGAGCAGGAGGACAAAAGCAAAUAUAUCAGUGGAGCGGAUUGUAAUGGCAAAAAUUGUGAUGGAGCCAGGACACACAGGGCAAGUGGAUGGGGCUGUGUGCCCUGGAGUUGCACAGAAUGGCCAGGGUCAGAAAGGGGCUCUGCCUGGCAGAAAGGGGCUGUUUGCUGGCAUAAAGCUGAAGAAGAAGAAAAAAGGCGAGAAGGGGUUAACUAUUGAAAACAGAGGUGCAGUGGGUGAGCACGAUGAAAGUGAGAGUCUUCACCAUGAGAUGUCUGGAGGACAAGAAGGGGGAGAUGGUGAUUUCAUGUAUGAUGACACUGCAUCUUACAGUGGCUUUGCACCCGCAGGGCCGCAGAGGAAAAGAGCAAAACUGGAGACCAAAAUUCAUGCUGGUGAUAUAAAAUCCCAGAAUUAUCAGAUUGCAAUAACAAUCAUUGAAGCCCGGCAAUUAGUUGGCGAGAAUAUUGAUCCAGUGGUGAUCAUAGAGAUUGGAGAUGAAAAGAAGCAAACGACAGUCAAAGAAGGCACAAAUGCCCCAUUUUACAAUGAAUAUUUUGUGUUUGACUUCAUUGGACCUCAAGUGCAUUUAUUUGACAAAAUUAUCAAAAUCUCUGUUAUGCACAACAAGCUGAUCGGGAGCUUAUUGAUUGGCUCCUUUAAAGUAGAUGUGGGGACAGUGUAUAAUCAGCCAGGUCAUCAGUUUUGUGACAAGUGGGCACUUCUCACAGACCCUGCUGACAUUAGGACAGGAGCCAAGGGAUACCUGAAGUGUGAUAUCAGUGUUGCUGGGAAAGGGGACACGAUACAAGCCAUUCAGAAAGAAAGUGAUGCUGAAGAGCAAAUUGAAAAGAACCUCUUGAUCCCCAAAGGAUUUCCGUCUGAAAGACCUUGGGCCAGAUUUUAUGUGAGAAUCUAUAAAGCAGAAGGGCUUCCAAAGAUGAACUCCAGCAUCAUGGCUAAUGUCACCAAAGCGUUCAUGGGCGACAGUAAGGACCUUGUGGAUCCGUAUGUGGUGGUCAUGUUUGCAGGUCAAAUGGGACGAACAACAGUGCAAAAAAGCUGUGCUGAUCCUGUGUGGCAUGAACAGAUUGUCUUCAAGGAAAUGUUCCCCCCACUGUGUCGAAGAGUCAAAAUCCAGGUGUGGGAUGAAGGCAGCAUGAAUGAUGUGGCCUUAGCCACACACUUCAUAGACCUGAAAAAAAUCUCAAAUGAACAAGAUGGAGAUAAAGGGUUCUUGCCUACCUUUGGACCAGCUUGGAUCAAUCUCUAUGGCUCACCUAGGAACCACUCCCUAAUGGACGACCACCAUGAGCUCAAUGAAGGUUUUGGGGAAGGUGUCUCCUUUAGAGGCCGCCUCCUAAUUGAAAUUGCAGUGGAGAUACUUUCAGGGGGAGCACAAGAGUCUAAAUUUUCAAAGAUCAUCAAAGAGAUAAAGUUACCUUCCAAAGCAUCUAAAGGAAAAGAGAAAACAGACAAAGCAGAGGAUGGGAAAUCAUCUUCUCCUUCAGACAAGGCAAACUCCACCGAGGCGGAAGUUGAGUCUUUUGAUGUGCCUGCUGAGAUCCACAAAGAGGACUCUGAGGAAUUCCUUCUCUUUGGGGCAUUUUUUGAAGCCACGAUGAUUGACAGGAAAGUUGGAGAUAAACCAAUAAGCUUUGAGGUUUCUGUUGGUAACUUUGGAAAUGUUAUUGAUGGAGUGUCACCGGAAGCUGGUGGUAAAAAGAAGGGACAUGAGGGAGAAGAGGAAGAAAGUGCCCCAUUGCUGCAUGAAGGGGAGGGUGAAGCGUCACAUGACAUUGGAAUACCAAUGAUAUCCACCACCCACCCUGAGAAGCCACUCCUCACAGACGGAAACCGGAACUAUCACUACUUGCCAUAUGAUGAGAAGAAGCCCUGUGUCUAUAUAAAGAGCUAUUGGGGAGAUCAGACCUUCCGACUGUACUUGUCCAAUGUCCUAGAGAAAAUGGCAGAUCUGCUGGAAGAUGGGUUAGAGGAAGUAAAAGAUUUGAUCAAGGUUUCAGAGACUGCGUCAGAAGAGAAAAUGAACACCAUUCUAAAUGCCUUUAUCAGUCAAUGCAGAGCCUUCAUUGCUCAUGCCGAAAAGAAGCCCCAAGGGAUGAACCAGACUGCUUUGGACAAAAAAAGACUUAUGAUGUGCAGGCAAGAACUGGAAGCAAUGUCCUCGGAUGCCAGUGGCAUUGUUCAGCAGCAGAAAAAAAAGAUGUCAGUAGAUGAACUGAUGCGUGAAACACAGAACUUCAUAGAGAAAAUUCGAUUCUUGGUUGAUGAGCCGCAGCAUACGGUGCCUGAUGUGUUCAUCUGGAUGCUCAGCAACAACAAAAGAGUUGCAUAUGCAAGAAUCCCAGCAAAAGACGUGUUCUAUUCCCCAGUGAAUGAACAGAGAGGGAAAAACUGUGGGAAGAUUAAAACCCAUUUCCUGAAAUUACCAGGAAAACGCCUGUCGGGUUGGAAUGUACCUGCAAAAGUAGACACCUAUCUGUGGCUUGGUUCCAUCAAGUAUGCCCAUACCAUUAUGGAGAACUUACCUUUAGGACAUGAGACUGAAGUGCCCUCCGCAGAUGGUACAGGACAUCCUCCUGCUCCUUCACCUGCCAGUCUGGUGUACAAAACCAAGCACCUCUUCCAGUUAAGAGCCCACAUGUAUCAGGCCAGGGGGCUCAUUGCGGCAGAUAGCUCUGGACUUUCUGAUCCCUUUGCCAAAGUAACGUUUGUUUCGCACUGCCAGACCACCAAGAUCAUUUCUCAGACAUUAUCUCCUACGUGGAAUCAGAUGCUGCUGUUCAAUAACAUUGUGCUCCAUGGUGAAGGGAAGGAAAUUGCUGAAUUCCCACCAGUGAUUGUCAUAGAGCUGUACGAUGAUGAUGCAGUGGGUAAAUCAGACUAUAUUGGCUCAACAGUAGCUGCCCCUGUGGUGAGACUCGCUGAUCAGAAAUACGAGCCACCUAAACUAUCUUAUCACGCAGUGCAUUGUGGAAAUCUGUCUGGAGGAGACCUUCUUGCUGCAUUCGAGCUGCUGCAGAUUCCAGAUUGUGGUCCAGUGAGCCUUCCACCAGUGGAUCCACCUGACGUAAGCCAGAUCUACCCAGUUCCAGCCAACAUCCGGCCUGUUUUAAGCAAAUACAGAGUGGAGGUUCUGUUCUGGGGCGUUCGUGAGCUGAAGAAGGUACAGCUCCUCUCCGUGGACCGCCCACAGGUUCUCAUAGAAUGUGCAGGGAAAGGAGUUAAAUCUUCCGUCAUCCAGAGUGUCAAGAACAAUCCCAACUUCAGUGUCCAAGCAGACAGGUUUGAAGUGGAAUUGCCUGAAAACGAGCUUUUGCACCCACCACUCAGUAUCUGUGUGGUUGACUGGAGAGCUUUUGGUCGUAGCACUUUGGUUGGAACACACACCAUCAAUUGCCUUAAGCAAUAUUUAUAUAAACCCAAGGAGCUUCCUGCACCUACAGCAAAAGUGGACGUUAUAGAAACUGACAAAGCUGCUCCGGAGUCACCACAGCUGCCUGCAUCACCCCAACCACAACCACGUCCAGCGGAUCACAUUUAUGUUGAUGUGGAGCAUGGUUCAGCUGCAUUAGGAAUGCAAGAACCAGAUCCAGCAAAAUCUGCUUCUGCAGCAGCUGUACCUGCUUCUUCACUGCCAUCUGCACUUAAAUCUACAUCCCCAUCCUCUGAACCAGCAGAAGAUGGAAAGCAGAAGGUCUCAAGAAAAUACUCCCAACGAUCCACAAAAAGAAAAAAGAGAACAAUAGCAGACGAAUCUGCCGAAAAUGUUAUUGAUUGGUGGUCAAAGUAUGAUGCUUCUGUGGAAAAAAUGAAAAAGGUAAAAUCAAUCUAUCCCAGCGAGGGGAAACCAGGCAACAGUGAGUCGACAUCUGGCCACAUAGCAUUAAGCAUUGAAGAUGAGCCAGACAAAAAAAAGCGAAAAAAGUUGUUGAAACAGGAAAAAAAGGAAGAAGACCCAAAUCUAGCAACUCUGAAGAUCUAUGAUGGAGACCUGGAGAGUGAAUUUAAUAACUUUGAAGACUGGGUGAAAACGUUUGAACUCUUCAGAGGCAAAGAUCACAGUGACCAUGAGGACAGAAUAAUAGGAAAAUUUAAGGGCUCUUUCUGCAUAUACAAAAGUCCUGAAGAUUCCAGCUCAAUGGAAGGAGGACAGCCUAAAGUUCUGCAAGGGAUACCACCGAAUAACUCAGUCAAAGUUCUGGUUCGGGUGUAUAUCGUGAGAGCAUAUAAUCUUAGCCCAGCUGAUCCAGAUGGCACCUCAGAUCCCUAUAUUGUGCUCAGACUAGGCAAAACUGAAAUUAAAGACCAGGCCAAUUACAUCCCCAAACAACUAAACCCAGUUUUUGGAAGAUCAUUUGAAAUUCAGGCCACUUUCCCUAAGGAAUCUGUGCUCUCCAUCCUGAUCUAUGACCAUGAUAUGGUUGGAGCGGAUGACCUCAUUGGAGAAACUAAAAUUGAUUUGGAAAAUCGUUUCUACAGCAGGCACCGGGCUACCUGUGGUCUACAAAGUCAAUAUGAAAAAGAAGGGUACAAUGCCUGGCGAGAUGCAGUUCAGCCAACUGAGAUCCUCAACAAGUUAUGCAAGGACAACAAACUGCCUGAGCCCCACAAGCGACCUGGGGCGAUACAAAUAGGAACCAAAGUAUUCACUGGGAAGACAAGCUUUAAUGGAGAAGAGAAUGAAGAGCCAGUUGAAUCCUAUGAACAACUUGCCCUAAAGGUUUUACAUUCCUGGGAUGAAAUCCCAGGGAUUGGAUGUAAGCUGGUUCCAGAACACAUUGAGACCCGGCCUCUCUAUCACAAGGAUAAACCAGGCAUGGAACAGGGUCGUGUGCAGAUGUGGGUGGACAUGUUUCCCAAAGACAUGCCUCCGCCAGGACCACCUGUUGAUAUUUCACCAAGGAAACCCAAAGGUUAUGAAUUGAGAGUAAUCAUCUGGAAUACAGAAGAUGUAAUUUUAGAGGAUGAGAAUAUCUUCACAGGACAAAAAUCAAGUGACAUCUAUGUAAAAGGGUGGUUAAAGGGACUGGAAGAUGACAAGCAGGAGACAGAUGUGCAUUACAACUCCUUGACUGGAGAAGGGAACUUCAACUGGCGCUUUGUGUUUCCAUUCCGCUACCUCCCAGCUGAGAAACAAAUGGUGGUCAGUAAGAAAGAAAACAUAUUUUCCUUGGAAAAGACAGAACGCAAAAUGCCAGCAGUCCUAGUGCUCCAAGUUUGGGACUUUGAAAGACUUUCUUCUGAUGAUUUCUUGGGCUCCCUUGAAAUGAAACUGAAUGAAUUUCCUCGAGCAGCAAAAUCUGCCAAGAGUUGUGACAUCAGCAUGGUAAUAGCAACAAGUAAAGAAAACAAGAUAUCCAUAUUUCAGCAAAAGCGUGUCAGAGGAUGGUGGCCUUUCAUCAAAGCUGGGGAUCUCACUGGCAAAGUGGAAGCUGAAUUCCAUUUAGUCACUGCAGAGGAAGCUGAGAAGAGUCCUGUAGGGAAAGCUCGGAAGGAACCUGAGCCUUUGGAGAAACCCAACCGCCCAGACACUUCCUUCUCCUGGUUUGUAAAUCCUUUCAAGUGUUUGUAUCACCUCAUCUGGAGAAAUUACAAGAAGUACAUCAUCAUUGCGCUGAUUCUGAUUAUUCUGAUGAUCUUCUUGGUGCUUUUCAUUUACACUUUGCCUGGUGCAAUCAGUCGUAAGAUCGUUGUAGGAACUUAGACAAUUACAUCUCUCCUUGUAACUAAUCAUACACAAGUACUGCAGUUAAAAAUAAAAACGUGACUUCACAAUUAAUGAACCUGAAACACAUUCUGCCAGUUAUAAAGAUAAAGACAUACCCAUUCAUUUCAGGAAAAUGAAACUGACUCAAAAUAUUUUAACACUCUACUCCUUUGGCUGCUUAUUCAGAAGCAACCACGAUGUGCAUUAUCAUUAAAGAACUGCCAGAACUUUAUUAACUAUUUUAA